AUGGACAACUCGGCACCGGUAGAAGAGCUCGGCUCUUUGAGCAACUUUGAUGCUGCGUUGCAAUCCCACGGUGUCGGCUCAGAUCCAUUGCUGACUCUGCCACUUGGCUUCUUCUCAUCCACAUUCAACACACUUCAACAACGCUCAAGACUUGCAAAUCUCUGCGACAAUGUUGAAGGUUGGGGUCCUGUCUCGCAAAAGCGUGAUCUCGACUUCACUCCUUGCUUCCAGGAAGCCGCAUUUUGGACGGCUCCCAUCUUCCUCCUCGCCAUCUUUGGCGGCAUCCAUUUGGCACUGUUGUCAAGAAGAGAGGCCAGGCCGUUGACUCGGACAUCACGCUCCAUCCUGUAUGCCAAGCAUGUCGUCGUCGGCAUCCUCGCUGUUGCUGCUGGCUUCCAGGCAUCCAUCUCGUACGGUCUCUUCGCUAAACCAGGCGAGUCGAUCUUAUUCUUGUCUUCCGUCGUUGGCGCGCUAGGCUACCUCCUAGUCAUUCCACUUCAGCACUUCAAUCACUCUCGCUCUCGUCGCAGCUCGGAUAUUCUCCUCUUCUUCUGGCUCGCUCAUCUUCUCGCUAGCGUUGUCAAGCUUCGUACUUCGCUCACUUGGCCCUCUUUGCCAAUCAAGAAACAGCUCAUCGCCUUUGUGCCCUUUGUCGUUCGAUUCGCUUUCGGCUUGGUCGCAUUUGCACUCGAGUGCGUCGGUGUCGAAAUCGGUUCCAUUGACGAGCUUGAUCAAAAGCGUGCUUCCACCGCUACCACUCGCCUCAACAGAAACGGCUACCAUACUGUGCCCAGCGAUGCCAACGGAAGUGCAUUCAGCGUCUUCAGUGAUGGCGACGAAGAGGCGACCGCCCUCAACAACAACGACCCUGUCGACCCAGGCAAGGAGUGUCCUGUGGUCACUGCCAACAUCUUUAGCCGCAUCACCUUCCACUGGAUGCAGCCCCUUAUGACGCUUGGUGCUAAGAAGUUUGUUACCGAAGACGACAUGUGGUCCUUGCCCGCCAACGAGGAUGCAGAGAAUCUCGGCAGACGAUUUGACAAGUACUGGAAGCAGACCAAGGACAAGGCUACUCGCAAGCCUGCUUUCUGGACCACUCUCGCUUACUCGUAUGGUGGCCCUUUCCUCUUUGCUGCCGUGCUCAAGUCGGCGCAGGACACACUUGCCUUUGUGCAGCCACAGAUUCUGCGCAAGCUGCUUCAGUUCGUACAGAGCUACAACAGUGAAGACCCCAGCCAAAGCGCUAUGCAGGGCUAUCUCCUCUCUGCUGCCCUAUUCUGUAUCGCUGUGACACAGACGUCGUUCUUGCACCAGUACUUCCAGCUCGUCUUCGUCACCGGUAUGCGUGUCCGUGCUGGUCUUGUUAGCGCCAUUUUCAAGAAGAGUUUGCGUCUAUCCAACGAGGACCGCGGCGGCAGAGCCACUGGUGACAUUGUCAACCUCAUGUCCGUUGAUGCCACCCGUUUGCAGGACCUCUGCACUUACGGUCACAUUGCCUGGUCAGCCCUCUUCCAGAUGACUUUGGCUUUCGUGUCGCUCUACAACCUUCUCGGCUGGCCAUCGUUCGUCGGUGUGGCCAUCAUGGUCAUCAGUGUUCCGCUCAACACUGCUUUGGCCCGGUAUCUUCGUCGACUCAGCGAGAAACAGAUGAAAGUCAAGGACAAGCGUACGCGUCUCAUGAAUGAGAUCCUCACCAACAUCAAGUCGAUCAAACUCUUUGCCUGGGAAGAAGCCUUCACCCGUAAGCUUUUCAAGGUCCGAAACGACGAAGAGCUCAAGCUGCUUCGCACCGUGGGUAUCGUCUCAGCCUUCUUCAACUUCUUCUGGACUGCUAUUCCCUUCUUCGUCUCGCUCGGCACUUUCGUCACCUACGCCUACACCAACCCGGAGCCUUUGACCGCCGACAUUAUCUUCCCGGCUUUGGCUCUCUACCAGCUGCUCUCAUUCCCCAUCGCUAUGUUUGCUGGUAUCAUCUCGGCUCUGCUCCAGGCUCAAGUCUCUGCUAAGCGUCUCUCGGACUUCUUCGAUGCCGGUGAGCUCGACCCAGCCGCUCGUAGGAUCAUUCUUCCGGGCCAGCAGCAGCCACUCAACCCCAGCAAUCCAUCCCAUCCGGGUGAUGUGCUCGAGGCUCUCAACGAUUCGACCAACGAUGCACACCAGCCUGGCAGCGAUGAAGAAGUCGUCAUCAUUCGUGACGGAGAGUUCAAGUGGUCGCGCUCGCAGCCAGUUCCUACGCUCCAAGAUAUCAACCUCACCGUCAAGAAGGGAGAGCUGCUUGCUGUUCUCGGUAAAGUCGGUGAUGGUAAGAGUUCGCUUCUUUCAGCUGUUUUGGGUGAGAUGGUUCGCACCGAUGGUGAAGCCAUUGUCAAGGGUCGUACUGCUUACUUCACACAGGGUGGCUGGUGCAUGGGUGCUACCGUGCGUGACAACAUCCUGUUCGGCUUCAAGUAUGAACCCGACUUCUACCAGCGAGUCAUAGAUGCCUGCGCCCUGACGCCUGAUCUCAACAUUUUGCCCGAAGGUGACCGUACUGAGGUUGGAGAGCGUGGUGUCAGCUUGUCUGGUGGUCAGCGUGCCCGUAUCGCUUUGGCUCGUGCUUGUUACUCCCGAGCUGACAUCUAUCUGCUCGAUGACCCACUCGCUGCCGUCGACGCUCACGUCGGUGCCCAUAUCUUCAAGCACGUCAUUGGUCCUGAGGGUCUGCUUCGCAACAAGGCUCGUAUUCUCACCCUCAACUCGGUCUCCUGCCUUCCCGAAUGCGACCAGAUCGUCUCGGUGCGACGAGGUAUCAUCCUUGACGAACGCGGAACAUACGAUGAAGUGAUGGCAAGGAAAGGUGAUCUCUUCAACCUCAUCACCGGUCUCGGCAAGCAGUCUGCUCGUGAGCAGUCCAACGAGGACGGAACUGAAACACCUCCCAAGGACCUUGAAGUGAUCGAUAUGGACAAGGAGCUGGAUAUGCACGGCCAAGGUGGCGAGGAGAGUCUCAAAAGCUCCAAGCUGCACCGUCGCAUCAGUUCCGCCUCGAUGGCACGACCCAAGACUCUCUCCAAGAAGCAAAUCAAGCAAGAAACCAUUCGUCAACUCAAGGAGAGCUCAGCACCAAAGGAGAAGUCCGAGCAGGGCAGUGUCAAGCCUGAGGUCUACCGUCAAUACAUCAAAAGCUGCAGUGUCCUUGGUGUCGUCCUAUAUCUCCUUGCCAACGUCCUGUCUCAAGUCAUGACCGUCUCUCGAGAUGUUGUGCUCAAACAGUGGGGCAAAGCUAACGAGACCGGUGGCGAUGCUUCAACGACACGCUUCUACCUGACCAUUUAUGGCGUUGUUGGGAUUCUCGCUUCCAUUUGCAUCUGCAUCGCUCCCUUCAUCCUCUGGACAUGGCUCGUUAUCUCCAGUGCACGCAAAUUCCACGACAGCAUGUUUGACGCUGUCCUCCGCAGUCCUCUCCAGUGGUUCGAGACCACACCCACCGGACGAUUGCUGAACUUGUUCUCGCGCGACGUCAACGUUAUCGACGAGGUGCUGCCGCGUGUCAUCCACGGCCUAAUCAGGACGAUGGUGGUCGUGCUCGGUGUCUUGUGCAUCGUUGCGUACUCGGUGCCGCCUUUCCUCAUCGCCAUCAUCCCACUUGCAUUCGCAUACCGCGCUGUUUUGCGAUACUACUUGGCCACCAGUAGAGAGCUUAAGCGUCUUGACUCGGUCAGCAAGACACCCAUUUUCACUUGGUUCCAGGAGUCGCUUGGCGGUCUCAGCUCGAUUCGUGCCUUUGGUCAGGAAGCUCUUUUCAUCGCAACCUCGGAGGCUCGAGUGGACCGCAACCAGCAGUGCUACUUCCCUGCCGUCACUUGCAAUCGAUGGCUUGCUGUGCGUAUCGAGAUGAUGGGUUCCGUCAUCAUCUUCAUCGCUUCCACCUUGGCCAUCUUCAUCCGAACCAAGAACGGCAAGAUGGACGCCGGCUUGCUUGGAUUGAUGAUGUCGCAAGCUCUCAGCACUACGCAGACGCUCAACUGGGUCGUUCGAUCUGCCUCUGAGGUGGAGCAGAACAUUGUCAGUGUCGAGCGAGUCAUGUCAUACACCGAUCUGGUCUCCGAGGCACCCUACGAGGUUUCUGACAAGACUCCUCCCUCGGACUGGCCCAGCAAAGGUGAGGUCAGCAUGCAGUCGUACUCGACACGCUACCGACGUGAGCUGGGUCUGGUGCUCAAGAAGCUCAAUCUUGAGAUCAAGGCUGGCGAGCGUAUCGGUGUUGUCGGUCGCACUGGCGCCGGUAAAUCGAGUUUGACGCUCGCUCUCUUCCGUAUCAUCGAGGCUGCUGAAGGCAAGAUCAUGAUCGACGGUAUCGACGUCUCUCAGAUCGGUCUCAAGGACCUUCGAUCUGCAAUCGCCAUCAUCCCUCAGGAUCCUCAGCUUUGGGAAGGCACAUUGCGAGAGAACCUUGACCCCACCGGUCGCUCAGAUGACGCUGCUCUAUGGAAGGCUCUCGAGCAGGCACGAAUGAAGGACCACGUUCAAAGUCUCGAAGGCAAUUUGGACGCACAACUCACUGAAGGAGGCACCAACUUCUCAGCUGGUCAGCGUCAACUCAUCUGCAUCGCUCGAGCUUUCCUUCGAAAUGCAAAGAUCCUCGUACUUGACGAGGCUACGAGCGCCAUUGAUCUCGAGACCGAUGCCCAAGUGCAGGCGAUCGUUCGUUCCGAGUUCAAGGGCACCACCAUCACUGUGGCGCACCGACUCAACACUGUGAUCGACUCGACUCGUGUAUUGGUGCUCAAGGAUGGAUCAAUUGCCGAGUUCGAUACGCCUGAGAACCUGCUCGCCAACAAACAGAGCAUUUUCUUCUCGAUGGCGCUUGAAGCUGGUCUUGCCAGGCUCGAUCAGUAA